AUGAACAAUCAAUACAUCCGCCGGGAAGUCUUCUGCUGUGAAACCUGCCAAGAGCUCAAAAGCUUCUGGGAAAAAGAAAUUAGUAAACAGACUUGCUACCGAGAAUUGGAGGAAGAUCGUCAGGGAAGAAGCGCUCUGAAAAAGCUGCGGGCGGAAUGGAAGCAGAGGCUGGAGCAGAGGCUGCGGGCGCUGGACGACGCCAGAGACGAGGAGAAGCGGGCAAAGCCCGCGCCCGAGAGCUGCGCCCUGCGGACCCCACAGACAGCAGCCACCGAGGGCACUUUUCUAGGAGAAAAACUGACGCCCAAGUUAUGCUGA